AUGUUAAUAUUGCUGUUACAUCCAUCCAAAAGUUAUUCCCACUGCCGUCACCGUCACCAUUCAAUUAAUGUGACGAAAGUUCGAAGCGUACAUAUUGCUCAUUGUAUGACAGGUACUCCUAGAACACUUUACAAAGAAGAAGUCUACACUACUUAUAAACGUCAAGCACUAGAUAUAUUAGGUGGCGAUCUCUUUGUUGUUCUUGAAUGUGGAAAUGAUACUGAAUUUAUCCACGGAAGCCGAAUUGAAUAUCACUCGCAAGAAGACUAUAGUGCUGCGCUAAAAUAUCUUUCUCCUCGCAAACUUGAAUGGGUUCCUCUAGGAGAGCAUUUUGGUGCUGUUGAUGACCGCGCCGGUUACGCAAAGUGGAAGCGUUGCUUGAAACAUAUUGAAAAUGCAGAAGAACAGAAUGGUAUUAAGUACGAUUUCAUUGUUCGAAGUCGACCAGAUCUGUACUUCGUUAAAUCACUGCCAUCACCAGAUAAACUACCAAAUGAUAGUAUUCUUAUUAAUCCAUACUAUGAGUGUUUAGAGGACAUUCCAUCAGGUUACAAUUACACGUGGGGUACAAAUCUCACUUUGUGUGACGAAAAAAAUCAUGGACUUUCCGAUAUAUUUGCUAUCGUACCGCGAGCUUUGGCAGAUUAUUACAUGGGCAUAGGCUAUGCCACUUUUGCGCCCGUUGGUGUUUGUGGCCAAGCACGUUAUGAACCUGAAUGUUUGAUCAAGGCAGUGCUGGUGAAAGAAAAAGUCAAAGUUGAAAUGUGGCCAUUCAUCGUAAAAAUCAUGCGUCCGGCAAGAUUCUGUCAUUCUCAAGCGUGGAACAAAUAUAACAGUUGGUGUUAG